CGGCGCCUAGCAAACAACAAUGACCUCCGAGCGAGCUAUUAUCAUCCGGGUAUUUGACCCAGCAUUCUAUGCGAUCGUCGACAAUAAUAUCAACACACAAGAUGGCGGUCUGGAGCUAACUCUACAACAGAGAAAACAACAAAGCAAAGCCUUCAUACAACCAAGAGGAGUGUUUACCUACCACUGUGUGACUUACUUUCUGUGCACUGAGACAUAACCGACGGCUGUGCGGCAUAGUUUAUUUCUUGAGGUUUCAGCAAGGUUCAAAGAUGAAAAAUAGCUAGCUAUAUCACCAAGGGGUGUUUAUAAGCCUUCGACUUAUCAUCACACCAGGUUAAUAAUUCCUCGAUUCACUGUUCCACUCGUGAAGGUUUAUGAGGUCAGUACAGUCCUCUCACUUCACUGAUGGAUCCCUACCUGUCUUCGUCUUUCCUGACGCCCUGACAUUCUACCAGGAUGACCAGUCAUCACAUAAACAAGUUUUGACCGUCUACAAUCCAUAUGAAUUUACCCUUAAAUUCAAAGGUACAGUAUUAUGUACAGCUCCCGGUAGAUACCUAGUUGUUGAAGCAGAAGGAAUCAUCAAGCCAAGAUGCUGUGUGGACAUAGUAAUACGGCACACAGCAGUGAAGACUACAGAUCCUAACAUUCAGGAUAAGUUCAAGCUGCAUGUGUUUAAACAAGGCACCAAUAAACUUCUCGGCCAGAAAGAGGUGCUGUCCGUUUUGCUGCAUAGCAAGAGUGCACCACAGGAUAAGUCUACCAGGAGAGGAAGUUCCCCAAGGCGUAGCCCAAGGAAAGUCAGUUUUCACGAAAGUGUUUCGUACCAAGGAGUGGAUACCACCUACACACCUAGCGUAUGGGUUGUGUUGCUUGCUGUUGGCUGUAUCGCCGCUUUGAUGCUUCCACUAGAAGGAGAGAGCUCCAGAUUACCUCACUAUUUAUUCCUCUCAGUCAACCAGAAACUCAUCGCAGCCUUCAUUCUAGGACUAGUCACCAUGGCGCUGUUGCUGAAGACAUGACAGUAAAGAGAAUUGGAAACUCAGCUUUGUACCAAACUAGUAGUAAAAGUAAUGAAGACUCUUUGAGGUUCCACCGAUGAGAACUAUAUAGUGUGUUAGGGUAUGUGCAGCCGGGUGAUGGGUGUUUAUGAAUGCAAAUGGUGGUGAGGGCACAGAAAGCAUGCCAUACUAUUGACAGAACAUAAGAUCACAUCACAUGACCAUCUUAUUUCACUCCAUGAACACAUGCUCAUUCCACCAAAACCCAAGAAGACUUGUUAUGGGUCAUCCUCGGGGAUCGCGCCCCCUGUGUGCCCAAUCUCCGCCACGCCCUGGGUCCCAGAGGAUGGUUUGGAUGUUACCACUGUUUCUGAUUGGCCUAAUGGAUGUUUUACAAAAUGUCAUUGUUCUAAAGUCAGUGUUUGUUAAAGUUGUUUAGAAUGUGUCCUCCCACUGUGUGACGCACACAUGAAUGUUUAUUUAACUCCCAAUAUUGGAUGGCAAAAAAUGGUUACAAAAGCAAUAUGUCACAUAGAGCCUGGUAGUGAAAGUGAUGCUUUUUAUUCAAUCAAUUAUUCUGCAAUAUUUUGAAUCAAAUGUGUAAAUUAUCCAACAUUUUUAGAUAAUUUUUGUAAAGCUUGUUCAAAUUAACAAGAGUAUACAAAACUUCA